UUCAACCAUGCGUGCAUUCAUUUUCUUUGCCCUCGUCGCGUUGGCUUCGGCCAAACCAACUCCAGGUUUCCUCUCAGGAUAUGGAGGCUAUGAAGGAUUAGGCGGAUAUGGAGCUCUGAGCCUCGGUCACGAGUCAGCCCUCACUUUUGCCCAACCAGCAAUUUCGGUUGCGCACGCGCCCGUCAUCCAGGCCGCACCAAUCGUCCACGCUCCCGUUGCUGUUGCCCAUGCACCAGCCAGUAGCUACUCCUCCUUCCAGAGGGUGAUCCACCCAUCAACUCACGCCGUUGUCCAGGCCGCUCCAGUAGUUCACGCUGCGCCAGUCGCUAUUGCCCAGCCUGUGAUCCAUGCCGCCCCAGCUUUGGCCCCAGCGGUCAUUUCCCAUGCCCCAUUGGCCACCUACGCGUCGUCCUACGGCCAUGGUUGGGGUCAUGGUUGGUGA